AUGUCGACCCCACUAGACACAGAUGCCGGCUCGGAGAUGUUCGCCAGCUACGAGAACGAACUCAAGCUGGUGCAAGCCAACCUGAACCAGAAGCUAGACCAGAUCGCGGAGGCAAGCGGCGAGCAACGGAAAUCCGCAAUCAGCCUUGCCAACUCAGUACUCGACGAAGCGACAGAACUGCUCGACCAAAUGCGCAUGGAGAAACAGAACAUCCCCUCAGCCACACGGUCCAAAGUCAACAUCCGGUUCCGCAACUAUUCAACCGACAUCGAUGAAAUCAAGCGCAAGAUUAAGUCCCUGUCAGACGAUCGCCAGGCCCUCUUUGGUGACCGGUACACCGACGAGCCGCAAGAUGAACACCUGGAACAACGACAGCAGUUGCUUUCUGGUACGGACAGACUAGAGCGCAGCUCGGCCAGGCUACAGCAGAGUCAGCGCAUGGCACUGGACACGGAGGAUAUCGCUCGCGGGACGCUCGGUACACUCUAUGAGCAGCGGGAGCAGAUCUCCAAUGCCAGGAACAACUUGCAGCAGAGUGAGGGCUACGUUGAUACGAGUAUCAAGACUUUGAGGGGCAUGGCCCGUAGGAUGGCUACCAAUCGGAUGAUCACUAUUGCUAUCAUUACGGUUCUGGUGCUUUUGAUUUUCGCAGUUAUUUACGGAAAGUUCCAUUAG